GAGUGUGAGAUCAUGACCUGAGCCGAAGUCAGAAGCUCAACCAACUGAGCCUAUAAACAUCUGAUAUACAAUUGGCUAUGUUACUCCUGUCUUUGUACCUCAGUUUUGUUAUCUGUAAAAUGGGAAAUGCUGACCUAAUCAAACCCAUUUAAUAGAACUUUAGAAAAUGAAUGUUCAAAGAAACAUGAAUCCCAUGCAGAAGUCUCUUAGGGAAAAAAGCUUCCUUGGGGGAAAGCUGCAUACUAUAUAGUGCAUUCAUUUGAUUGUUAACAAAGUACAUUACCAAAUUAAAUGCUCUGGGAUGUAAAGAAACUAGCUUAACUUUAUCUUACCCAGUGUUUCCCAAACUUAUUUGCAACUGGAAUAGUUUUUUCAGGUCUAGUUAGCACUCCAUGAUGCUAAUUUUCUAAGACACAAAGUUUGGUCUGCCCACAUGAAUACUCUUAUUAGGUACUAGAGGUGGGGCAAUCAAAGAGAAAAGUACACCUUAUGAGACAUUCUCUGGUGGUCUUCUUGCCUAUAGUGGUUUGUAGUUUCAACUUUAGUUAGCAGACACUUCUAAGAAAAUCAUGUUAAUUACAGUCAUUAAUUAUCAAGUCUCCAAGAUAAUGAGGAAAAUUUUUGUUUCUCAGACUAAAUUCAGCCUCUUUUUUUUCCUAAUAAAAAUAUGGAAUCUGACAAUCAAUCACUUCAGAUACAAACUAUCAACUCAAACAAACAUAAGAAAAAUUUUGAUUUCCAGGAUCUAUUUGAAAACAUGUCAAAUUAGGUCUUUUUAACAUCUGCAAAAUAUAUCUGUCAAGAUGAAGAUUAUGUCAUGACUUAUCCUUAGUUCUAAUUUUGCCACUUGAUCAUUAGGUAACCUGGGAUAAAUUAAUUCCCUUAAGGCUGAACUGAGACAUAUGGAUGUUGUUUCAAAAUGAUCUUUUGCAAUCCUUAGCAGUCACUUUAAUCAUUUCAGAAAUUUGGUUGUUUUUGUGUUUUCUUCAGAGUAUGUCACAAGUAUUAUAUGUCGAAUUUAUUACAGCAUUUCUUGUCCUCCAGUACCUCCAGUAUAAUUUACAGAUGGACUUUAAACAAUUUGCACUUCUUUCCUUUUUUAAAAAGUUUGUUUUUAGAGAGAGGGAGAGAGUCCCAAGCAGGCUCUGCACUGACAGCAUGGAGUUUUGCAAUUAUUUCAAAGCAGUCGAUGAUCAUUUUGUUUUAUUAUGCAUACACAAUAGAAAACAUAUAUGUAAAGAACCAAGAUAAAAUUAAUCUUUAUAAUUCAGGUUCAAAAGAUAUUUUUGAAACAUUUAUUCAAUGUCUUUUUGGAGAGAUAGAAUGUGGCAUGGAGAAAGGGUGAAAGUGGGCCAUGAGUUACAGUACCCCUCUUGCAAACUCCACUUAGCAAGUUGUAUGCUCUAUGUGACCCACACUUUCAACCACACUUUAAACUACACUCAGAAUUCUCUCUUAGAGAUCUGUUAAAUAUGAUAUUCUUCACAUUGUUAGGUUUCCAGUGAUGCUUUGACAGCUCUCAUAGAUUGGGCCUAUGCAUGCUCCUUAACUCACCUCCCUUCUAUAUAUCUACAUAUGGAAUAUCUGCAUAUAAAAACUGUCUCCCAUUAGACCACUGGCUAUCUUAGGAGAGGCAUCAGAUGUCUUUCCUAACACUGUGAGAUUUCCAAAAGUAGACUUUAUUUUCCUCCCAAAGAAACAAUAUUGGUUCUGCAGCAACAAGGGGCCCUAUAAUGAAGAGUUUUCUAGGCAACUUUUGGUAGGUGAAAUCUGUCAUUAUGGAAGGGAUCUUGGAUUCUCUUGGUCAGGUACCAUUCUUCAGCAGCAUGAAGUUUCCCAUUAAGCAAGGUCAUAGCAUUCCAUUUCUACUCGGUAUGGGAAGGAAGGGACAUUGUGGAAGAAUUAGUCACUCAUUCCUGUGUUCCUACAACACUUUGCACUUUUUGUUUCGACACUUUUCACAUGCUAUUAUAGUUAAUUAUUUAAUAGCUUUUAUCCUCCUUUACAAUAGGAUACUCUCCUUGUGGAUAAUCUUGCUUUUAUUCUUCUUUGUAAGUGACCCAAAACCUAGAACAAUGCUUACCACUCAUUGGGUACUUAUUUCAAUUUAGUGAAUGAAAAGAAAGCAGAUAUUUGGAAAGUUUGCUUCUAUUUGAAUGUUUUGAGAAAAGAUGCAAUAGUAAGCAACCUAUGUAUAACGCCCUCGCUAGCUGGGUGACCUAGUCUUUUGCUUGUUUAGAUCUGUAAGUGAUACGAUUGGAUUAGACCAGGCUUUAUUAGCCAGGGGUCAGUGGGCUGCGGGGUAUUUUUGACCCUCCAACCUCGUGCAAAGUUAAACACAAAGGACGAGAUAACUUCUGGGUAUCUGAGAUCUGGCUAUCUGAGAUCUACUACAUACACUACUUCAUUGCAGGUACUGCGACUGCAUGUACAUCUGGAAAACAAACCUGUGCCUGUGGUGUCUAGCUAUACAUACUCAUAUACAUUUCCAGGUUUGUCGCUGAUGCCUGUCCAGAGUUCCUUAAGCUUUGGCCUCAAAAGCUAAGAACAUGGGGACAGAUCCUGAUUAAUCUUUUCAAUGCUGUCUAAAUCCCCAGCCUCUGGCCGCUCCUAAUCGACCACUGACCAGUUGACGGUGGGGUGAGUACUUCACACUUUCACGACACUGGGUAGAAGGCUGCACAAAUACUACAGACGGUUUUGGCCCUGGGGAGGUUGGGAAUCUGAUCAUGAAGUCAGAAGGAUAUUUAACAGAAAGAUUCACUGGCGGCCUGACCACAGCCGCACGGAGGAAUGUAGACGGCUGAGCAAACCAGAGAUCCGACUCAGAAAUGGGCUUGGGCAGCGUCUGGCAUACGUGGUAGAGAACCUUCAAGUCCAGAGGUUAUCCUGCCCUCGAUCCCGCACCGGCCUCUACGGACUCCCAGGAAGCUGAGCGGCCGCGAAGUCCGGACGUCCGGGAAUUGCCUGAGGUCGGGGACUCUGAAACGGCCUUUUGGAGUCAAAGUUGGGUCGGGAAGCAGGCAAAGGAGAAGGCGCUGGAAGGCCAUGGGGCGGAGUCGUGAGCAGCGAAAGGCAAGGCGGCCUGAGAGCGCGCGUCCCCGCGAGAACCUAGAUAUUAUAAAGCCCCUCGCAAGGUUCCUCUCGAUGCGCCCGCCUUCGGCAACCUCCGGGAGAGUUUCGGCUCUUUCCGGCAGUUCCAGCUCCGGCCCUUCACUCCCAGAGCGCGCUGUUACCCCACUCCCCACGCCGCCCGGCUCUUUGUGGGCCUGGGCUGUUCUGCAAGUGGGUACAUGCUCUAGUACUACCCGUCCCCACUUUCAUCUAGUUUGUUGCCGACCCACUCCUCCAAUCCCUACCCUUCCUCGUUAUUCCCAGUUCCCGGCGACGCCCGAGCACCCUCAACUGAGGCGCGCGACCCGGCGGGCGUUGCGAGGCGCGAGGGGCUGGGUCUCGAGAGGAGCGGUAACCCGACGGACUGGAGCCCGCCUCCCGCCCGGCGCCUCUCCACUCGCAGAUCCCUGGCGCGCGGGCUGCCUCCCGCCCGGCCUUCGCGCGCUGGGUGGCUGCAACGGCCUCGAGCUCGGCGCGUCGGGUUCGCGCCGGCGCGAGCACGCGCCUGUGCGCUGGCUGGCUGGCGCGCACGCGCCCGAGCGGGCUCCGGGGCGGGGCGAACAGCGCGAGCCCCGGCGAGGUCGGUGUGGAUCUGCUGGCACUCCGGCCCCCAGCCGCGGCUGCGAUCCCCAGCCCGCCGCCCGGCCGAAGCCGGGAAAGGGGCGGUGGGGGCGGGGCGGCGUCCGGCUCUGGGAGAGCUGGGGGAGGAGCGAGGCGGCGACGGCGGCCGCUCUAGAAGAGGAGGAGAAGGAGGCGGAGGAGCUCCUUUCCUUUUCUCAGACCUCGGAGCGUCCGGGACGCAGAGCCCGGAACUGGGGGGGACGCGGCGUCUGCGGGGUCCCCGGGUUACUGUGUGUAAUUUACCUGUGGUUAAUGAAGCAGAGGAGAACGUAUCACCAAAAAUAAGCAUCUUGCUUUGAAUUAGAAUCUCCCUGGAAAAAGAGACAUGAAUGUCUGCG